CGACCGGUCGGUUAGAGAGUGUACGAGGCAGAGCUCAAAUCUAAUCCACUGUCCAAUUAACCUCGUUCCGACUUCUUGAGUUCUUUCUGAUGGGUAAUCGGCGGCGUAGAAGAAAACCCGCAACCGACCUAAUAAGUCAACUUCCGGCAGACGCAAAGGACCUAAUUUUGAAGUUCUUGCCCAUUCAAGACGCUGCCAGAACUGCCCUUCUCUCAACCAGUUGGAAAGAUGUUUGGUAUCAUCACGGGCAGCUUCUGUUUGGUACGGACUUCUUCAGCUUUUUCCGAUCAAACCGCUGUCACCGCGGCGGCGUAGGCCCCAUAAACACAAUUAACAAUGUUCUCAUGCUCCGGGCGGGUCAAGUCAACAAAUUUGAGGUUCAGAUUCACCAUUGGGAUGAUCCUAUCCCGGAGCAGUCUGAUCUGGACCGGUGGUGUCUUUUCCUGUCAAGGAAGGGGAUUGAGGAACUUGAGAUCUCGAUUACACUUCCCGGUCUGCAAUAUACUCUGCCGAAUUGUAUACUCUCCUGCCCGACUAUAAGGCAACUCGUCCUCAGGGGUUUCCUUCUUGAUUGCCCCGUUAGUCCCCGCAUUGUGUUUCCCGCGGUCAAGCUAUUAGUUUUUGAUGGUGUGGAGUUUAGGCCGAAUGUUCGCGGAACCGUCUCGAGUAUUCCUAAUCUUGAGGAGCUGGUUUUAUGUCCUUGUGAUGGGACCAAUAAUUUUGUGUUUAAUGCUCUGAAACUUGAAGGCCUUGGUGUUGAUGUUUUUCCAUGUGUGACUGAUGAAUGGGGAUGUUAUGCCCUUCAUCUGGCACAAGUUAAGACUCUUUACCUGUCUGCUGAUCCUCUUUGGGUUAAAUCUGAUGCCAUUACCUCGCCGGUUUUCCCCAUUGCUAUUAAUUUAGAGAUACUUAAGGUGCGUGGAUUUAGUUUUGCUUGCAAGAAGGACGUCUGCCUUGCUCUCCAAUUUCUUCAAAAAUGCCCAAAGCUAAUGGAUCUGAGAAUAGAUGGUAGAAGUUCAGAAGAUGUAAUUGUGAGUCUUUCAGAGGAUCCUCCCGACGAAGACUUUAUAAUUGUUAAGGAUCUUGUCAUGCUUAAAACAGUAAAGAUACGACCAUUUCACGGGUACAAACAGGAAAUGCACUACGUUAAAUCAAUCCUCCUAAAAUCUCCUGUGCUUGAGGAACUUGUUAUUAUGGAUUCGUGUAAUGUUAACGCCUCCGUGUCUCUCAAGAUCGCUAGGGAGUUGAUGAGUUUCCCUCGUGCAUCUCCAAAAGCGCGACUUGUCUUCAUGGACUACCAGCGUUGCUGGGAUUGUUGGUUUUCCUGAGGUCUUGGAACUUGCUGCACUAUGUUAAGUGCAUGCUCCAAAAGUACUAUCUCUAGCUCACCAGGUUGGCUCUCUUGAGGUUUCUUAAGUAUUUCUCAUGCAUUAUGAUAGUUCUGCCUCUAACAUGCUCUAUAGCCUAUUGAAUUUUUUCAACUGUAGUUCUUUGACUAUUGUAACAUAGAUACUAUAGGGAAUGUUUUUUCACUUUUACUCCUCUUACUAUUGUAAGUAUUGUAACAUUAGCAGUUUUAUUGGUCGUACUUGAGUAUGGUAAAUUGGUAACUGAAUGACCUAAGUGUUAUUGUUACAUUAUUUGGAGCCC